GUUGUUGCAUUUACUGAAACUUCCUGUAUGUAGGCAACCUAAAAUUGUAAUUUAACUUGCAGUAAUGUCAGAAAUAUGUUGGCUGAAAUCACGUUACAAUUCUGGCCUUCGGCACAAUGCAAGAUGGAUCAAAGCUUCUGGCCUGAAGUUGCGGUUCUGCACCAAUGAAACCCAGGCCACUCGAGACAAGUUUGUGAAGAAGCUCCAGCGGUUGGGGUUCAACAUUUCGGUGAAUGAAGUCACCGCCCCGGCACCAGCAGCCUGUCGCAUCCUGAAGGAGCGAAACUUGCGGCCACACCUCCUCAUACACGACGAGCUGGUCCCCGAAUUUGAUCAGGUUGAUAAAGCAAACCCAAACUGUGUGGUAAUUGGAGAUGCAGCAGACAAUUUCUCCUACAAAAAUCUCAAUGAAGCUUUCAGAGUUCUGAUUGGCCUGGAGAAUCCCAUUCUCAUAUCCCUGGGAAGAGGACGCUAUUAUAAAGAAACUGAUGGUCUAAAACUUGAUGUUGGAGUGUAUAUGAAGGCAUUAGAGUAUGCCUGUGACAUUCAAGCUGAGGUGGUUGGAAAGCCAGCAAAAAUGUUUUUCCAGUCAGCCUUGGCAGAAAUGGAAGUUGAGCCACAGCAGGCCAUCAUGAUUGGAGAUGAUAUUGUGAAUGAUGUAGGAGGUGCCCAGCAGUGCGGUAUGAAAGCUCUACAAGUACGGACAGGGAAGUACAGGCCUUGUGACGAGCAACACCCGGAAGUGAAGGCAGAUGGUUACGUGAACAACCUCGCAGAAGCAGUGGACAUUAUUGUGAAACAAUUGCACAAGUGAUUGUGUGGCAGAAGAUACCGAGUUAAAGGCAUGAAGAAGUUCGACUUAAAGUCUAGACACCGGGUUACCUCUUCCCCUGUUCAAUUCAUUUCCCUUUCUUCACCUAAUAUCUACACAGAUGCAAGUAGCCACAGGCAAACAGUAUUGCUACUAGUCUGUCGAUAACUGUGUUUUUCAAAGCUUCUCAUUUUAGGUACUAAAAUGAAAUACCUUAAUGAUAGAAACAUUAAACCUAACAGGUGCUCAUUACUUCUGUGAAUCAUCUGACUUUUCUAGCAUCCGUGCAUCCUCUUUAGUGCCGUGCAGCAGGAAAAACAGAUAAAAUUAGCUGGCACAAGUGGGUCUUGAACUACUUGGGCCAGAUCUAUCCCUACCUAGGGAGCAGAACAUUGUCCCAGCCUGGAGGAAUCCCCAGGCAGCAUAGGUCAGGCUCAAAGCUGCUCCCUUCUGCGCCAAACUGUGUGUGUAAGAUACACGCACACACACCAGUCCCAAGUUCAAGUUUUGGGGGACACCCCCUCUCCAUAUAAUGGUACCCUUGAUUUCCACCUGACUGGGUGUAACCAUCUGCUAAGAGUAGCAUCUUGUUGAAAAUUUCUCAGCCUUGGGAGUGGGUGGCUUUGGAGCUGGUCAGGGCAACAGUCAGGGCCUGUUCUUGGUGGGAUUUUCAGAAAUGCUCAGUAUUGGCUUAACUCUGCACCAAGUGAGGUCAAAGUACAAGGUCUAGGGGCCACUUAAGACCCACUUCACAUGCCUGUCCCCCAUCUGAACUUUCACAAUCUAGUCACAUUAUUUUAGUCAUCAACGGCUAAGAAUAACCUCUUCUGCUUAAACGUUAUUUUAUGGCUGCUGGAUGCCAGGCUUAAUGAUCUGGUGUUCGGUUCCCAGAUUUAAAAACCCAAGUAAUGACUUUGCCCUGUACUGCUAUUGCUUGGAAAUACUACUUGUAACAGGAAGAAGGUGGUGAAAUCAUCUGUGAAUUAAAUAGCAUGCUGCUGCCUGCAUUACUGCUUUAUAUGUUGCCCUUGUGGUUUUCAGCCAUUACUAACCACUGAAGCAAAUUAAAUGUUAUGAACAACCCAGGACCAAUCCUGCAAGGUGCCCAGCAGCCUCAGCUCCUGCUGAGGCCAGCAGGAAAUAAGAACACCUGGAACCUUGUGGGAUUAAGCCCAGAUAAGUAGCCCCUCACCUCUGAUUGCAGCAUCAUUCACUGCCCAGAAGCUACACCAGGGUGAAUUUGCACCAAGAAAUUAAUGCCUGGGUAAAAUGAACUCUCAUGUCAAAACCCCCCUGUUGUUACAGAUGAGAAAAAUGCUUCAUUAGGUGACAACAGAAAAAGGUGCGUGCUAUAGAUCACCGUGCCUGUGGCUAGAGUGAGGGUAGGGGGAGGAGACAUCACGCCCCACUGCAUGGCUUCCGUAAGGGACAGCUACCAUUACAAUCUCUGGGCUCCACCAGGGACACAGUCCAGCUAAGGAGGAUAAAGCGGGGCUUGAGUCGUGGCAUGGCCCCUGCAUCAGCCUGCAAAGCAGAUCCCGUGCACCAGGGGAACGUGCUGCACCUGCUGCAGGCUGCCAAAGCAGCCAUUCUGUUAUAGACUCUUCCUGUGGGCCAAGGAAAUCAGGCCAGGAUGCCUCCCUGGCUCAGCCUCCGGGGCCAGGUGGCUUUCCUUCAUCUGAGCUGGUGCAUCUUUGCCCAGGCCAGGGUCAGCGUGACAUCUCUCUGGGGCUCACUGCCCCUGACGUUAUCAUGGAAAUGGCAAGGGCAUUUCCCCAUGUCUGGCAGUUUAUUCAGGUUUCGUGUUCCCAUUUCCCCCUUUUAUGCCUUUGUCAGACCUUUACUUGCACUUCCCUACAUAUUGACAAUUGUCUGGCGCUGCAGUGAGUUUGAUUCUGGAGAUAAGUACAGUUAUUACAAAUGGAGGAAUAACGUGAUUGACAUGCUGUCUUCAUUAGAGCACUGAUUUACUGAAUUAAUAAAUCCAAGUACUGU